GCUGGCAGUGACGGGCAGGGACGGGGGCACCCUGGAGCUGUCCCUGGGCCCGGGGGGGCUGCGGCUGCUGGUGACGGAGCGGCCGUUCCGCCUGGAUCUGCUGCGGCAGCGGGAGCUGCUCUGCUCCGUCAACGCCCGCGGGCUCCUCGUCUUCGAGCACCUGCGGCGCCGCCGGGACUCGCUGGCGGAUAAAGUUAGUUCUGUGUGGGAUAAGAUCAAGAGCCUUUUCCGUAGGGACCCCCCCAAGGACCCCCCGGGCGAGGAGGGGGCGGCGCAGGAGGGGCUCGAGGACGGCGACGGGAACCGCAGCGAGAAGCCCCCCGAACCCCCCACGGAGCCCGAGGACGAACCGGGGGCGUGGGAGGAGACGUUCAAGACUCACACGGACAGCAAGCCCCACG